AUGAUUGAUGUAGAGGAGGAGAGAUCUGUCAAAAGAGCAAGAAACCAAAUUAUACACGACAAUGGUUCCAACCCUUUUAUUCAAGGACCUAUUAUUGCUACUCAUGGUGGGGUUAUGGGUGAUACAACUAUGAACUCAAAUGCUGAAAUAAUGGAUGGGGUGGAGACUGGAGAAAAUGAUAAGCAAUGUGUUAAGGCAGGGAAAAAUCAUAUCCAUAAUCAAGGGAAUCAUGCUACUGAGUCGAUCACAGCUGAAGAUAAUGUGGAACUCAUGAGAAUUCCAGAUGAUGCAAAGAUUUUCAAAGCUUUAAAAGGGAUGAAAUCGUGGAAAACACCUCGCCCUGAUGGUUUUCCACCAGGUUUCUUCAAAACUCAUUGGAGUAUCGUUGGAAAGGAUGUUGUUGAUAUGGUGCAACAAUUCUUCCGUACAGGUUACUUACUCAAGAGUUUAAACUCCACUAAUGUGUCUUUAAUCCCAAAGACAAAAAAUAAACAAUUUCCAUCAGAUUUGAGACCGAUUGCGUUAUGCAAUACAUCCUAUAAAAUAAUCUCCAAGAUUAUGUCAUCAAGAAUGAAGAAGCUAAUGUGCAAGAUUAUCUCUCCACUCCAAGCAGCAUAUGUGCCGGGAAGACAAAUCUCAGAAAAUAUCCAACUUGCACAAGAGAUAAUUCAUACCAUGAAAAAUAAGAAACAAGAUACUAAGUACCUGGCAUUAAAAUUAGAUAUGUUUAAAGCCUUUGAUAGGCUUGAAUGGUCGUUUAUAAAAGAUGUGAUGAUUCAAAUGGGUUUUUCUCAUGAAUGGUGCAACCUCAUUAUGCAAUGCAUCACUACUACUAAGAUUUCAAUACUUCUUAAUGGCGCUCCUUGUGCUGCUUACAACCAACACGAGGCGUUCGACAAGGCUGACUUGCACAAUGUGAAUAAUUUGAUGAAGGUUAUUGAGGAUUUUAGUAAUGCCUCAGGGCCGAUUGUAAAUUUUACCAAAUCCGGUGUGAAUUAUAGUGCACAGGUUCCUCAAAGAGUUAAACAUAGAUUUUCUUCAUGGGAUGGUAAAACUAUGUCCCAAUGUGGUAAAUCUUUGAUGGUAAAAACUGUAACAAAUACAAUUCCUACUUAUUCAAUGAGGUGCUUUCAGAUUCCAGCUGAUAUUAUCAACAAGAUAGAAGCUGCACAGAGAGAUUUUUGGUGGGGUUUUGAAGACAAGAGAGGUACAUAUGUUACUUCCUGGAAAAGUUUGGGAUUUCAUAAGGAUUGUGGUGGUCAAGGUUUUAGGGAUCUGAAGAUCUUAAACCAAGCCUUACUGGUUAGGGAAGCAUGGAGGAUCUGCACAAACACAGAUGCGCAUUGGGGAAAAGCUAUUCAGGCGAAAUACUUUUCAUGCACUAGCCUUCUUCAUGCAACUGUUAAAACAAACUGUUCAAGGGCAUGA